AUGGCCAGUUCAACCCUUCCCUGCGCCGGCCCAACCGUCCAACUCCGCCUGCUGGACGGCGGCAGCUUCGUCGCCGAAGAAGACAAGCUGCACGCCGGCGCGCCCAACAACCGCUUCCGCAUGUACGACUGGGCCUUCCACGUCCACCACCCGGCGACGGAUCGGCACGUGUUGUGGGACCUGGGGGUCGAAGGGGACCCGGAGAUGUACUCGACGUGGGUGCAGAAGGUCAUUUUCGGGCUGGUCAAUCCCGUGGGCCCGAGGGUGCCGAUUGAUGAGCAGUUAAGCGGGCAAGGCGUGCCGGCUGAGCGCGUGGAUGCGGUGGUGUUUAGUCAUGCACACUGGGACCAUUGCAGGCCUAUUGCAAAGGUAUUUCCCAAGGCAAAGGGGUACUUCGGCCCCGGUACCAAGGACUUUUGUUCCCCUGGUCACAUGCAAGAUCCGUCAAUGCAGUGGGAUGGCAGGUUCUUCGAUCCUGCGAAUGCGACAGAAAAUUGGGAAGAACUUGCUGGGCCCUGGGCCCCUUUUGGUCCCUUUGAGAAGGCCAUGGAUUUCUUCGGAGAUGGCAGUUUCUACGUGAUCCAAGCCCCGGGCCACAUGCCGGGGAACCUCUGCGCCGCUGCACGCGUGCAGGGAGGCGAUUGGGUCUUGUUGGGCAGUGACUGCUGUCAUUCAAAGAAACUGCUUGAUGGACUAUGCGACUUCGCCGUCUUCGAGAGCCCCACUGGUCAGAAGAUGUGUCUACAGCACGACAUUCCCGCAGCUAAAGAUACCUUGAGAAGGAUCAAGGAAUUUCAGAACAUGGGAGCCCAUGUAGCGCUUGCUCAUGAUGCUGAGUGGAUGAAGGAAGGCUCCAAUCAGGUUCUUAUGACUUUGCUGGGAGAUGAUAUGAAGCGUGCCGCAGUAGAGAGGAUACCCAACGAUGAGCGGCCGUAA